CCCAUUCGGCUCAUAUCCAUCGUCAGAUCUCCAGAACUUCCAUCGCAUCCACCGUCGGAAGGCUCUCGUAUCCGCCUACUCCGCCCUCCUCCUCCUCCUCCUCCUCUGCCGUAGCCAUGUCCAUCAACCUCAAAUCCCACGCGUUCGCCAGCAACCCGCUGAGAUCCAGCCACCCCAAUUCGGACCCUUCUUCCUCCCCCACUUCCGCCCUCGACGCCCUCAAGUCUUUCCUCUCCGGGGGAGACAAUGAGUCGUCAGCCGUUGCAAGAGUUUUGCCUUUUCGAAACGGCCGAGCUUUGGCCCGCUCAUCCGUCUCCACUUCCAAUUCGGGUCCAAAGUGGAUCCUUGGGUGGGUUUCUCCUGCGAAAGUCAGGGGUAUCAGGGCGGAAUCUUUUGUCUACUUGGGUUCGGAUCCUGAGGAGGAAAACGGCAUCGUUUUUUGGGCGGUUGACGUUUCUGACGCAGCAGACCUUGAGCUGGGUCACGGUGGCGAUGGUUAUGGCUUCGUGGAUCUAAGAACCCUGAUGGUUGCUACUGAUUGGACUGAUGCAGAUGCAAUGGGGGAGUUGGCAAUUGCCGGACACGCUGGGGCACUACUAGAGUGGCACAAAACAUCACGUUUUUGCGGGCACUGUGGAACUCCCACAGCCUCCGUUGAUGCUGGAAGGCGAAAGCAAUGCACCAACGGGUCCUGCAAAAAGAAAAUAUACCCACGAGUCGAUCCUGUUGUUAUUAUGCUAGUUAUCGACAAGGAGAAUGAUUGUGCACUUUUGAGCCACAAGUCAAGGUCUUCUCCUCGUAUGUGGAGUUGUCUUGCAGGUUUUAUAGAGCCAGGGGAGAGCUUAGAAGAGGCAGUAAGAAGAGAAACUUUGGAAGAGACUGGUAUUGAAGUUGGUGAUGUUGUUUACCACAGUUCUCAGCCAUGGCCUGUUGGGUCUGGCAAUAUGCCAUGCCAGUUAAUGAUGGGUUUCUUUGCAUAUGCCAAAACAUUCAAUAUUCAUGUGGACAAGGCAGAGCUUGAAGAUGCUCGCUGGCAUAGAAGAGAAGAUGUAAGAAAGGCACUUGCCUACGAUGAAUAUGAAAGAACUCAGAAGACGGCUGCAUUCAAAGUCAACCAAAUCUGCAAGGGUCUUGAAGGAGCUCAGAUCUCCUCGGCAGACUUGAAUACUGGAAGCCGAGAGCUUAUGCAGAUGUUCGUUCCCGGACCCUAUGCAAUCGCCCAUCAUCUAAUUUCUUCAUGGGUUCAUGAUGGUGUAAAUUGCAUCCAUCAGUUCCAACCAAAGCAAUUGAGUUCUCUGUCCAACUUAUGAUUCAGCUUAUUGAUAUUUCCAGGUCAAAACUGGAGUUGAAUACAGGUAGCCAUAUCUGCGAAGACACUGACAUUUACAUCUCUUCAAGAUAAGAAAGAAAUUAGCAUUGUCUUGUA